AUGAAGAAAACAGUCGUGAGAAAGCAGGACACGGUGCCCUUACAGCCCAGUACGCCCACCCUCCAUGGAGAUGGCAGCUUCCCACGCAGCUCCUCGGCGCCCAUGGCCGACCCUGUCCUUGCAGUGACCUCGCAGACGGCCACUGGUGCCCAGCGCCGAGAGGAGCCGCUCCGUGGGCACAGGCAGAAGGACAGAGCCUCUUCAGAUCCACAGCAGGCCUUGCAGGAGGCACUGUCCUUGCUGGGCAGCGACGACUGGGAACGGAAGAAGAAGGGACUCUUGAACAUCACACUGCUGGCUGAGUCCCAUUCAGAAGUCCUGCUGUGUCGGCUUCGUGAGAUUUGCUUGGCAGUUACCAGAGAGGUGACCAACCUCCGGUCCAACGUGUCCUGCUCUGCAAUUGUCACUCUGGGAGAGCUCUUUGCGAUCUUGGGGAAGGACAUGGACUCCGAGGUGGAUCAGAUUGCUGCAGUCCUUCUCCACAUGUUGCGGAAUUCCCCAGAGUUUAUUCAGAAGGCAGCCUGUCAGAGCCUGGGCAUGAUGGUAGAGAACGUGACUCCUACACGAGCAAUGACUGCUCUCAUGGACAAUGGAGUCAAGAGCCGCUACGUCCCGGCACGGAAGUGUACGGCCGAACUCCUCCUGUCCAUGAUGGAGAAAAUGGGAGUCACAAAGCUUGCAGGCACACCCAUGGCUGAGAGGCUGGCACAGGUGGCAGGGACACUUGCUCAGGACAGUCACAAGGACACGAGGCAUUAUGGACAGGAGAUGGUGAAGAUGUUGCUUAGUAAUCAAAAAUUUAAAAAGCUUUUGGAACAAUCUCUUUCCACGCAUGACCUGGAAGAUAUCCUGAAGAGAAUUAAGAAGAAAGAAUACUGCCCUGCUGUCAAGCCCUGUGGAGCUGGAAGAAGCUUGGGGAUGGAAAACCAGAAGGCUGAACGCCCAUCUGUGCAGGAGCCGGUGAAGAAGAGGAAUGAAGGCUCCAAGGAGCCCCAGGCCACAUCGCCUUCUAGCAAACAGGCAAAGUCUGCCACUGGUGGACGCCGCCUACACCGUGCAAGAGCCCAGGUCACAUUACCUGCAUCUGUGGAAGAAAGGGAGCUGCUCCAGAAGCUUUACCAUCUCCUGGAAGCCAAGGCGUUCCAGACACGGAUGGAAGGAGUGGCACUCCUCCUAGAUCUGUCCAAAACCAGACCCCAGCUGAUCUCCACUAACAUUGUCAAAAUUUUUGAUUAUUUUGGCCUGAGAAUCUGUGACACACAUAAGAAAGUGAAGCAGAAGGCGCUGGAGGCGCUGGCAGAAAUCAUAGGACUCCUGCAGGAUGCCAUGAACCCAUUGAUGAUCCGUUUGGUUGAAGGCAUAACAAAGAACCUAAACUCAAAGGAUCCUGGGGUUCAUGCUGCAGCUAUGACGGCUCUGGACCAAUCUGUUGUGCAUUUAGAUGAAGUAUCACUGAUGAAAGAGCUCUGCCACCAAUGGAGUCAUCUGAGUGGCCAAGCUCUGCUGGAUGUCACGGAGCGUAUCACAGUGCUUGUGGAAUGGGCUCAUGCCAGGAGCCCUGAAGCGGUCGAGCGCUACACCCUGCCCGUGCUCUGGUCCUGCCUGGAGAACAAGGCGCUGCCAGUGCGAAGCGCCAACGUCCGCACUGUGGUCACCAAGCUGGCCUGUGCCCUCUGCGAGACACUGGGCAGCCAGAUCAUUAAGUUUGCUGACAGCACACCUCCACAUGUGCAGGAAAACCUCAACAGCCUUCUGGGUUGGUGAAGGUUUGAUGUUCUCCAGAAAGCGGACAAGUUUCUGAGCUGGACACCACCGGACGUGACUUUUCAGCUGUGCCAGGAAUGACAAAAUACUAAGGAAGGGUGUGCAUCUGCCCCCGCUCUGUUAUCAGCAUUGCCCUUCCUAGUCAUGACAUGGGGGGCCAUAAGCAACUGCAGACUGAUGACAAGGUAAAGAUGAAGUAUGGAUCAGCCUCAAGUGAACCCAGACUGAGGAAAAGGUGAAGACUAAGCAUGGAUCAGCCUGAAGCAACUGCAGACUGAGGACAAGGUGAAGACCAAGCAUGGAUCUGCCUCACACAGAGAUACGACUGGCUACAGUCUUUCCAAGAAGUUUUCUCUGGACAUUUCUGAUAUUCCCUUACCAAGAAAGUCCUUGCCUCCAGUCCAGAAAUGCUCUUUCGUCCAAGAUCAGGAAGAAGCUACCAACUGUCCAAAGAAUGUUUCAAGAAUAGGAUUUAGGCUUUAGGAUUAUCAAGAAUAGGAUUCAUUAAGAAUAGGAUUCAUCAAGAAAAGUAUUCAUCAACAAUAGGAUUCAUCAAGAAUAGGAUUCAUCAACUAUAGGAUUCAUCAACAAUAGGAGUUAGGAUUUUGGAAUAGGUUUAGGCUUCAUAGUUGCAGAUGUAUCUAUGUUCUGAUAGUUUUGAAUAAAUGUGUUUGAUUGUAUAUUUAAAUUUUGAUGACAUAUUUUAAUUGUAUAUAUUUUAUUUUGAUGAUUUAAAAAAACUUAAAUGAAUCAAUUAAAUUUAAAUAAACCAAAAGAAGAAUGUGACACCAGGAUCUCCUGGAGAUUAUGGGA